UUUAUGAAACCCGAACCGUUUCAUCCCCCUGUAUAUUGCAGAAUUAAUUUGCAGUGGCAUUAUAUGUGAUUUAUCAUUUUUUAAUCGUUAGCCAAAAACACUUGUUGGAGGGCUAUAUUAAGCAAGGUGAUAUAUAUAUUUGCUGACAGAUUUGUAGACUGUUCAUAGACUGUUAUCUUCACAGAUCAGUACCAAACUUCUGCAUUUUUAUCACUAUCCAUGGAUCUAAAUCAUGGUGCAGGGGAGAAUUAUGCACACCCGCAGAUAUGUUUCUUCCAUGUGAUCUUCAAGGCUUCAGCUUUGGCAUUUUACAUACUGUCCGCUCUCUUUUUUGACAGUUUUGUCAUAAUUUUUGUGGUAACGGUUCUUCUGGCUGCACUAGAUUUUUGGGUAGUCAAGAAUGUCAGUGGACGGAUUUUGGUUGGUUUAAGGUGGUGGAAUGAAAUAAAUGACGAGGGUGAGAGCAUCUGGAAAUUUGAAUGCCUUGACCAGGAGUCACUGUCUCGAAUGAACAAGAAGGAUUCAUGGCUGUUCUGGUGGACUAUUUACCUUACUGCGGCCUUGUGGCUUAUCUUUGGAAUAUUCUCCCUCAUAAGGUUUCAAGCUGAUUAUGUUCUUGUUGUAGGAGUUUGUUUGACACUAAGUGUUGCAAACAUUGUUGGCUUUACUAAGUGUCGUAAAGAUGCUAAGAAGCAGAUUCAGGCAUUUGCCUCUCAAACGAUUGCAUCUCGAUUCUCAUCCACUUUGCAGUCUGCAUUCACUAUUAUCUAAGUAACACAGAGAGAUUGGAACAGGAUCAGAUGUGUAGGAACUUUACAUGCCCAAGAAAUGGCGAAGAGAUAUGUUGGAUGAUACUUCAGUUUAUUGAGAGUACUUUUUGGAAGAAAUUACCUUAAGCAUUUAGUUAUUGCUCAGGCAAGGGUACAUUCUGUAUGCAUGAACCUAGCGAAUACCCCCUCUUGAUAUAUGACUUUGUAUAUGCUUAAUACGAGAACCUAGGCACUUAUACGUGGUUAGUAAUGCUGAGAAACAUGGAGUAUUAUCCA